UCCAUCCAUUCUCUGUCUUUCCUUAUCGCUGUCUUUUCUUACGUUUCUUUUUCAUUUCAUUUCUUAAAGAAUCAAAACGGUCAACGUAAUUAGUUGGCCUACAUUUUUGCCCUCCUCCGACUGAACCCAGAAAACCAACGAGUGCAACAAGAGUCUCUGAUCAGUUGACAACUCAGAGAGAGAGAUGAGUGUGAUCGAUUUGAUAACGAGGGUUGAUGCAAUAUGCAAGAAAUACGACAAGUACGACAUAGAUAAGCAAAAGGAGCUUAAUAAUAUUUCUGGGGACGAUGGUUUUGCUCGCCUAUAUGGGGCCGUUGAGGCCGACCUCGAUGCUGCUCUCCAGAAAUCAGAGAUGGUAUCAACGGAGAGGAACAGGGCUACUGCUGUUGCUAUGAAUGCUGAGAUUCGACGAACCAAGGCUCGUUUGCUUGAAGAGCUCCCCAAAUUGCGAAGACUUGCUCCUAAAAAGGUCAAAGGGCUUUCCAAAGAAGACCUUGAGGCUCGAAGCGAGUUAGUAUUUGUACUAAAAGAGAGGAUAGAAGGAAUACCAGAUGGAUCAACGACUGCAGCUAAACAAACUGGUGGUUGGACAGAUUCAGCUCCGUACGCUGGAAUCAAAAUUGACUCGAAUUCAGAUAGGAGAUCUGAUAAUGAGUACUUUCAACAAACUGAGGAGUCGGAUCGCUUUAGGCAGGAGUAUGAAAUGCGAAGAAUGAAACAGGAUCAAGGUCUAGAUGUUAUAGCAGAAGGAUUGGACACAUUGAAAAAUAUGGCCAGCGACAUGAAUGAGGAAAUAGAUAGACAAGUUCCCUUGAUGGAUGAAAUAGAUGAUAAGGUUGACAGGGCAAAUGCUGACCUUAAAAACACUAAUGUGAGACUCAAGGAUACCAUAGUCAAGCUGAGGUCUAGCCGGAACUUUUGCAUCGAUAUCACCCUCCUGAUUCUGAUUUUAGGAAUCGCCGCCUAUUUGUACAAUGUCUUGAAGUGAAAUUAGUGAUCCAGCAACUAUUUCUCCGAGUUCUCUACUUCGUUUAUGGUUUAUGUAUCUCAGUAUCUGCGCUCUAUUCUCAUUGAUGAUGGACAAUAUAUAAACGUGUGGUUUGAGGUUUCUCUGAGUAUGUAUUUUCUGCUAGCAGGCAGGGAUGUCCAUGUCCAAUUUUAUUGGAUCAAACUUUUUAUAAGCAAAUAGUUGUUGCAUGAAGAUCCAAAAUAUUUGACCGACAUUUUUCAGCAAAUGUUUAUGUGGAAAUACCACAUAUUCAUUUUGGUUAUAAUGGAAGAGAAUUUAACUUUUGA